AUGGUUUAUUCAAGGACCGUGGAUCAAGUGGGAGCCGAUACUGUAAGGAUUGACUCAACAGGACACGAAAAAUCGAAUUUUACCGUUGUCCUCUCUGUGACGGCCGCUGGAGAGAAAUUAAGACCGAUGAUCAUAUUCAAGAAAAAGAGGAUUCCCAAGGAUAAUUUCCCUCCUGAAGUGGUAGUUAGAGCCAAUGAUAAAGGCUGGAUGAAUCACGAACUGAUGAGGACAUGGCUCCAUGAGGUGUGGAACAAACGGAAAUGCUAUGUCAACGAUCCCUCACAGUCAUUACUCAUAUUAGAUUCUGCAAGAUGCCAUCUCACAGAAGACGUCCGAGAGCUUUUCAAGGAGCACUCAAAGAUCGCGGUCAUUCCAGGCGGAAUGACCAAAUAUCUACAGCCUCUCGACGUCGGCAUCAACAAGCCCUUCAAAGACAAUCUGAGGGCGGGAUGGGAGCGAUGGAUGGCCGAUUCAGCACGAGCAAGGUACACAACAGGCGGCGCCAGGAAAAGGAUGACCUACGGAGAGGUAGCUGUACUAGUCUACGAGAGUUUCAAUGCAAUCACUGAAGAAACCAUUGCGAACAGUUUCACCAAGGCUCUCGAUGAGAAUCAAUAA